GAUCUGUGUAUUAAUGUAAUAGUCAUUGACAUUUCACACUCACGUGCAAAUAUACUCACAGCUAAAAGUCCAUAGUUAUUGACAACUAUUGACAUUACUUAAUAUUGUCGGCAAUAAUAAUGGCGUUCACUAACUAUAAAACAUUUCGAGGCGUCAAGAUCUGUAUGGAAGUGCUGUAUGUGUUCACAACGAUCGCCAGUAUAUAUCUGAUUGUAGUCCGCAGUAUAGCGUUGAACGACCAUCAAAAAGGCGAUAAUACAACUGCAGAGAUAUUAUCGGUGGUCGGCGCCGUAUUAGGGCUACUGAUAUCCAUCGUUGGUUUCAGAGGUAUUGUCAGGGAAAACAAAUGGAUGGUCGCAUUUCUACUGGUGCUGACCAUAGGCGCUGGUAUAGCAGACUUGGUUAAACUGUCUGAUCAGUUUUGGUUCACUUUUUUGUCACACGUCGUGUGUACAGUGUUUACAGUCAUUUAUUUGUACUUGAUCAUUCAGAAAGAAAAGGACACUGGCCGUUUUAAUUUGGAAGUUUAA